AUGUUUGAAUCAAUAAACGUUGUCUUUUUUUUCUUGCGCCUUACAGAAAACCCAGAGCGUGCUGCUCUGUAUUUUGUCUCCGGCGUGUGCAUCGGCCUUCUCCUGACCCUGCUGGCCUUGGUGCUCCGAGUUUCCUGUCGGACGGACUGCAAACGCUCACGGUCAAAGAAGCCGCCACGGGAGACCGAGAGCGACAGCAGCGAGAGCGAUGAUGACUCAGACACCACCUCGGACCUGUCGGCCCGCCGUCAUCGCAGGUUCGAGAGGACUUUGAACAUGAACGUCUUCACCUCUGCCGAGGAGCUGGAGAGGGCCCAGCGGCUGGAAGAAAGGGAGCGCAUCAUCCGGGAGAUAUGGAUGAACGGGCAACCGGACAUCCCAGGGACCAGAAGCCUGAAUCGCUACUACUAAUGGCUGGCCCAGUUGACUGUUCGGUACUACAUAGACGACACCUUCUAAGCCUACGAGGCAGAGAUGAACCUCACUCUAUAAUGUCUUCCUUUCCAGAGAGCUUACGGAAGGAUUGUCAACAACGAGCAAUAACGCUUCCCAUCAUUCCCUUUGAGCCUCGUAAUGGCUACCUAAGCCAGGUUUAUCACCGACAAGUAUUUGCUUCACAAAAAUAAACAUUCUCUUGUUACAGGAGAAAGGAAGGCCAGUUGGUGUUAUUCUGGAGUGCAACAGGACGCUUGAGAUUAUCACUUGUUGUUUUGGAAGAUUUGGAAAUCAUGGCACAGAUUCUUUCUUGGCUGGUUAGUUUUUGCUUUUUGAGUGUCGUUAUGAGGAACUCGGUAACAACUAUUACAAGAUUCAUUGGUUGUAUCCAGAGGAUGUCUUAUGCAAGCAGAAGGCACUUUUGUCUGCGCAAGGAGGGGGGGUUCCUCCAGUUUCUGUAGGUUCAUUGCCCCCUGUUGCA